AUGCCCACUUCGUUGGGUGAUCUUAUCAGCAUUCGUGGUAGCAGUAGUGGUAGUAGUAAUGGCAGCCGAAGCGGCAGUAAGCAUGACAGUGGUGGUUGUAAGAGUGAUGCUAAACGUGUUGACUGUUCUUGUAUUCGCGAGAGGGACGUAUUCUCACGACUGCAGGAUCGCCCCUCAGUAGAUGAUCUCUGGCCUGGUGUGGAGAGUUAUCUCGUACACGCGGCCCAUACGAUACGCACCGGGAGUGCCGAAAUGAUGGAUCGUUUGAAAGAUGUCAGGCAUCGCAUGAAUUGGUACGCCGUGAUUUACUCCGUCUGUAGCGGUCACCCGCAGAAGUCCAGCGAAGUUUACCACCGCCUGUCACUCUUUCUUCUGAAUGACUUGGAGGUCAAUGUGCUUCGGCAGUUUCUCCGAAGAAAUGCCCCCUGUGGAUCGCCGCCGUCGUCGAGUCUGUGUCUGCAGUUCGUGCAGCAGUACAAACUCUUCAUGGCAUUCCGCCGCGUUGUUCUCUCCUGCUUCAGCUACUUGGAUCAGUACUUUACGGCGAAGUUCCGCCUGGACCCGGUGACGGCACUCUGCGUAAAGUUGUUUUAUGUCGUGGUGUAUGAGCCCAUGAAGGAGGCAUUGAUAGCGGAGGUGCUGGAGCUGGCAGAUGCAGCGAGGACGGCGUACCUCAACGAAAAGGCGGUGUCAUCGGCUUGUAGCGACGUCCAGCAGACCCUCCUGUCCAUUGUGGAAAUUUUGUCCACCGUGAAGGCCUUUUCAGCCCCGUAUGAUGCAAACAUGCAGAGUGCACUUACCCACCAAAAGAAGGAUACUUCAAACUCUUGCAACUACAAGCGAGGUGUAGGGGAGGGAAGAAACAUGCUUGCUGCCUUCGCUGCCAAAGUAGUGCGCAUGCAGAGCCCGUCCACAGCGCCGAACCGUGACCCGCCUCGUACUAUGGGUGAAUCCCCACGGUCCCCUUUAAAUAAGAGUCACAACAGUGAUCACAGCCGAGUGGAACAGCAGACCGGCAGUGAGGGCCACAGCAUUAGCAGCAGCCCGUUAGCAAAAGACUGGGAUGCGAUGGCGUACAGAUCGCUCGAUGGUAUCCGAAUGCUGCGUGAGAGGCUUGAAAGACGUUCAUUUGGUGAUUUGAUGGCGGCUCAUGUGAUGAGGAGCAGCAGUAGGAACAAGAGUUCUCACCACCAACACAACAAUGGCGCCGGUAUUGGUAUUACUAGUGGUGGUUGCGAAGGGAGUGCAAAGUGUUCCGUGGACUCUGCGGGAGUCGUCAUCGUCGAAAUUACGCAGCCGUUGCAUUUUCUCAUCUUUGCGGAAUUUGGUCUGCGUUAUGUGCAGGCCGCCGAGACGUAUUACCGAAACCGGCGGGAGAUGCAAUUCAGCACUCCAGAGGGAUGGAUGGACUAUAUACCGUGGGUCCAAGGUUGUCUUGCUAUUGAGCGAUCAUUGAUGCGGGAUGUAAAUGCGCCACUCUUACUCAGUGCUUUGCGGGAGCGCAUUCAGCACGUCCUUUUGGUGGAAGUUCAUCGGUCAAUUAUUCUCGCAAAAGAAGUUGGAUUUCGUGCCCAGCUGGAAGCGUGGGAUAGCAAAACCGAGCAAGGCGCUGGGGACAUGUGGAAGGAUGGUUCCUCAUCCUCCUCCUCUGUUCCCCCUAUGGGGGCGGCGAUGUCGGGAACUUGCAGUGACGUUGACGCUGUCACCUCGCCUGCUGCGUUCUUCUCAGCGCAGUCGACAAACCCGUGGGAGCAGCUCUCUCGGGAGGAGCUUGGAGACCGCAUAAAAGAGUUUGUUGCAACCUUUGUCAGCACGCAGGACGAGGCGUGUUGGACAUUAUUGGCCAGCGAGUUUGCCAGCAAAGUAGUCAUGGACACUGCCGCACUUUUCUUUACUUACAUGUCCCAGCUGGAGGCGUUGGCACCACAGCAACUCCAACAGGGGGAAAAGAAGCGGCCAGGAACCCAGCAGUCCGCAUCGUCCCCGCCGGUACAACCGCGGAAGACUGUCAUACCAAUGAGAAGAAGGCGUUCGCUGAGAGGGGAUGGCCUUUCGUCCGAUAGGAAUUUUUUGACGCAGCAAGACCUAGCGAUGGCGCUCAUUAAAGGCCUUGUAGAUACGUCCGUACAUUACAAUAAACUUAUCUGCGAGAAGUUUAAUGAACACCCACCGAUGCAGGUGGCAAUGGGUGAUGCGAUGCGUGAGAUAUUAAACCCGGAACGGUGGGGGCAACUUGUAGUGGGGGGUGCAAUGCAUGGAGGCGUGGCUGCUGUUAACAGAGGGGAGUUGCCGAGUGUGCUGCUUAACCACGAUGCCGCGAAGAAGACGGUGGCGGUACUGAAUAGGUUGGCCACCAUGCGUGGAUCAAGGGAGAUUUCCGUGCCGCAGUUUCUUGCCAUGUACUGUGACCAAUUCUGUAGGCGGGAGAUGGACGAUGGCGUGACGGACCCCACGGACCACAUUCUCUACCUCAUCACCCUUGUGGACGACAAGGAUGUAUUCCUGGAGCACUAUAAAUUACUCUUGGCGCGUCGCCUGUUGUUUCUACCGUCCGCUCAACGAAACAUGGAUCGGGAGCAUGUCAUGAUGCAUAAGAUGCAUCAUGCCCUUGGACGCACACUGACCUACGGUCUGGAAGCCAUGCUGCGGGAUCACGAAGUCACCGCAAGUAUGAAUGAAGAAUUUUCCCGAUCCGAUGUUGCCCUCGCAUUACCGACGAGGCUGCGGGUUCAAGUCCUCACUUCCGUGCACUGGCCUACCUAUCGCGUUGUGCCCCUCACGCCAUGCGACUCCCUCGCACUUGUCAUGAAGACCUUUACAGAUUACUACAUUGGGGUGCAUCCAUCCCGUAUGCUGCACUGGAUUCACACGCUCGGAACCGCCACGCUUCACGCCGUAUUUCCCAAAGGCGACAAAGAGGUGAUUGCCAACAAUCUACAAGCACAUAUACUCAUUUUGAUAAGCGAUGCGUACAACAUGGACCGGGGUGGUGCCGCAUCGAGUGGAGCCAAUGAUAGCCACACGGCCAUGGCAAUUGGGCGUUCGUUGUCUGGGCGAGAGAUUGCCACAGCGAUGGGGAUGGAGUUUUGCGACAUUUACAUGUAUCUUGCCCCGCUCGUAAAGCAUAAACUGUACAACCUUCUUGUACGUGUGGAUCCGUCCGCCGUGGCCGGUACAGGCCAGACAACUCAGUCAUCAUCGCCGUUAUCACCACCAAACGCACGUAAUGCUGCUGCUGCUGCUGCUGCUGCUGCUGUUGAUGAUGAUGCAGCAGCAGCAGCGGCUCCCAGCGGUACCGCGCCUGGGCAACUAUUGCCAGAGGAUCACUUCACACUGAAUGUCGAGUACACGCACAAGUUGCGCAAGUUUGGGCUUCCGGUGGCUCGUCCCUCUCGCGGCGAGGGGUUCAAAGGGUCGGUUGUUAGCUCCACGCAUGUAGAAAAGACAAAAGCGGCUCUCUCGGAUGAAAUUGAGGCAUCCCGACGCAUUCAGAUGGAUGCUGCCAUUGUACGUAUCAUGAAAAGCCGCCGUUCCCUGCGGUACUAUGAGCUUUUUGACUUGACGGUACAACAGCUUUCAAAACAGUUUGUCCCCCAUCCACGCUCUGUGAAGAUGCAAGUGGAGGAUCUUGUCUGCCGUGGCUUCCUACGGCGAAGCGAGAAAGACACCUCUGUGUUUGAGUACAUGGCGUGA